GGUCAUGCAUGUCGCGGUUCCCAAAUUUGUCGGCGAUAUCGUGGUCCGAGCGUUCGUCGAGCUCCAAAUCUCAACUGUGACUUCUUCUCUCACUGCAACACGCGACAACCGCCCCGACAUCUUAUCCAAUCAGUCUCUUUAAGCAAUCCCACCAAGUUCAGCGACUGUAUAUCUGCUCAAGAUGUACGGCUAUCCUGGUGCUCCGGGCUACAACCGCCCUCCGGGCUUCGCAGGCACUCCACCAGGCAUGGCAGGCAUGGCGCCGCCUGGAAUGGGUCCUCCAGGCGCAGCAGCUCCACCUGGCGUAGCAGUCCCCCCCGGUGUCGCGAAUACCCAAGGCCCGCCAGCGAUGAAUGCACCACGCGCUCUGCCAUCCGGAUGGCAACCACCGACGAACAUGCCCACCUUCAACUUCAAUGCGCCCGUCAUCCGUCUAGGAACACAGGGCGGACGAGCUGGCGCCGUGGACAGCCCCGUAGGCGGCCGAAGAGACAACGCCGCACCACCCGGUCGCCGUGGCCUUGGCAUGGACAGAGAUGGCGAUCGCAGGGACGCCGUCCAGCCUGUCAACCCCCCGUCGCGCGAAGACAUCGCACGAACCAUCUUCGUCGGCAACAUUCCCGAUGGCAUCGGAGGCGAUGAGGGCAUGGAGCGCAUCUUAGAGACGGCGGGAAAGCUCGUUCGGUGGACGAGAGCUACCGAUGCCAACAACAAGCCCCAGACCUUUGGCUUCGCCGAGUUUGGAGACGCCCAGAGUUUGGAGACAGCCGCUGAGAUAUUCAAAGACGUGCGUGUGCCUACGAAGCGUCAAAAGGCCGGCAAGCCCAAAACCGACGAUGGCGAACAAGAGGAGGUCGAGACGACCAAGUUGCACGUCAUGGUUGAUGAUGCCUCGAUCAAGUACGCAGAGGAAUGGAGCAAGACCCGAAACGAAGACGAAGCCACGGUUCAGUUUAGGCUCGACAGUGCCAAAGAAGCGCUUUCCUCGGUCCUCGCGAGCUUCUUCAACCCACCGAACGCGCCCAACGUCGACUACGCAGGAGAUACAACGAUGCAAGAUGCACAGGCACAAGACGGUGAAGACGUGGAAGUUGCAUUUGUCAACCUUGCGAACGGCGAGGAUGAGCUUGCGGACAUCCCUGCAGAGAUGCGCGACAUUGUCGCUGCGGAAAUCGCUGCUUUCCGCGACCGUUCCAACCAACGCGAUCGCGAACGACUCCUGAAAGAAGAGGAGCUUGAAGCCGAGGAGCGCAGGCGUAGUGGUAGACGUGCAUCCCCACCACCAUCCGCCCCUACUGGACCCGGAGGUGCCAAUGGUGUACCGCUGGGCCCCAGAGCAGAACGGGGUGUCCAAGGUGCGCCCAGUGGACCCAAAGGGUCGCAGUUUCCCCGAGACUACCAAGGUGGUGUCAACUUUGUCAACGGCGGUGCCGUACAUAACGGCGCCUACAUCAAUCGCGAGGACGAUGAUGACUCCGCCAGCGACUCGGAACUUGAGCGCCGUCGCAAGAAGAAGCGAGCAGAGGAAGCUGAUGAGGCAUACAAGAAGCAACUCUCCCGCUGGCUCCAGACCGAGCGUCGUACUUUUGCUUCCGUCGAACGUACGAACGACUACUUCAAGAACAUGGACGCGGAACGUGAGAAAGCUCGUGCAGCACAAGCGAAGCAACUUCGAGAAUUCGACGAUGAUCAUGAGGCGGCUUCGAGGCGCGAUCUCUACUACCGCGACCACAGUGACUGGAUCCGCGACCGCGAGUCAGUUCGUGGUCAGGAGGCCAAGGAAGACGCGAUCGAUCGAGAACACGAGCGACGCGAGUUGGCAACGCAGAGGAAGCAGAAGGACCAUGCCCGCGGUCAGGCCGAUGCCUUCUUGGAAGAGCAAGGCGAAGAGCUUAUGCGCAGGGAAGAACAGCGCGAGCCAGCUCAUUUCAAGAUCUCUCUCGGGGCUGCUGCCAAGAAACUCGAAAAGACAGCCGCUCCCCGUCGGACCGCCGCCGAUGUCGAAAACCUGCUCGAGGACGAGGAUCUCACAGAUCAAUCCGGUUCCAAGAAGCGAACUCUCGUGCCUAUCAACUUCGAUGCGGCUGUACGUGCCAACCUCACGCAAGAAGAAAUCGAAGAAGCACAACGACAACUGGCACGCGACAUUCCCAACGACAAGGAAGGUCUGUGGAAAUGGCCCGUCGCUUGGGAGCAUUUGCCUCAGAAGAACAUCGACAAGGAUAUCAAGCAGUGGGCUGCCAACAAGGUUCUUGAGCUUACUGGUGUGCAAGAAGAGAUGCUUGUCGACGCUAUCGUGGACCAUUUGAAGAGCAAGGGCGCACCGCAGCCCCUGGUGGAGAACUUGGAAGUGGCUCUCGAUGACGAAGCUGAGUCCCUCGUGAAGAAGCUCUGGCGUAUGGUCAUUUACUACAGUGAGACAGAGAAGAGGGGUAUCAAGUGAGCAUGUUGCUCCUCGCUCAUAUGGAACAGCGAUCCGUCUUCGGCAGUGCCUUUCGGUUUCCACACCGAAGUGGCUUUUGCAACCCUCAUGAAUCGGGCGAGUGAGUAUUUGGGAGGUCUUGGUCUUGUUUGGGUAGUAUUGACGCGCUGUAGGGUCCUCGGAUCUUGCAUCACGAAACGACGUGUAGAUAAUGGGUCUAUGGUUGGAAUGGAGAGUCAUACCAGGUCCGUCCUUUUACUUUCGAUUGUCACACCACUAAUACACAGGUGUUCUUCUUUUACCGUUGUUCAAAUUUGG